ACGCAGUUUAAUAUUUUAUUUUUCUUCAUCAUAUGAACUAGGAUUUGUUAAUUGUAAGAUGAGCUUCUCUCAUCAUGUUAGGCAUGCUACACAACCAGUUAUAUCUGUGACCUGCUGUUCAAGAGACAUUUGCAUUGAUGGCCAGUGUAUUUGUUACUUAAUUCUGUUUUCCACAUUCUACGUGGUAUUUAUGUGAUCCAUACUUGAAAUCCAAGAUCAGUAGUCAUUCACUGAAUACCAGAAUAAAAUGAAGACGGGGUUUUCCCAUGAACUUUACACCAUCCAGCUCUCUGUUGAUUGUGAAGCAUCUCCAUCGGAUCAGUUCAGGGCAUGUGUCUGGAACCCCUGCUUGGCUUUCGGCUGUGAGGUCAGCCCUAAGGACCCUGGUACCUUUAAACAAACCUGCUAGGCCACUGAUUCUGCUCUCAGCAGUGGAUAAAGCGUGGCAGAUGUAUAAGCUUCUAGUUUGCUGAUCUCUCUGGUCUCCCUGCUAGAAAUUACAUUGUUGGCACUAUGCUUUUUCUGAAAUUCAGUAUAAUGGCAUCACUGCCUGCUUUUCAAAUCUUUUAUGUUCAUUUAAAGGGAGAUCCCUCAUUAGGAAAGUUCUUCAUGGCUUUCACUGGACACUACAUGCCUCCCUGCAGGUACCAAGUCGCCAUAUUUUCAGUUCGCACAUGGUACAUUAGAUGUGUUAAAGUGUGAUGUGUGUUUUAUUACAAAAAUUUGUUCUUAUGCUUUAAAAUACCAAUGCAAAAAAAUAUAUAAUGGCACCUUUCUUUAAUGUUGAAAUACAGCAGUAUUAUUGUAAGUCCAAAAGGUUAAAAAGCUUUCUUCACCUUAUAUAUAUUCUUCCAGUGUGAUAUUUUAGUUGCAGAUGGUAAGUUUAGUUAACCUUUAGUUAGAAAAUAGCUACUGUUUUUAUUUUAAUCAACAGAGCACAGAGAGACAUAAAACUCUGGGAAGUGACUUGGAUAAAAAUAACAAUAUGUAUCUGUUUUGAUUUUUUUAUGCCGUGAAGAUUAUAUUUUGAAAAGUCAGAUUCCGAAGCAAAUUCUCAGACUGAACUACUUCUUAGACCUCACUGUCAGAAUGUUUCAUUCAAUGUCUCAUUAAUGAUAAAUUGGCAAGCUGCUCAUUUUGAACAGCUUUUUGCAUGAAAUAGAAGCAUGCCCAUCCUAACAUUCUAACGGUUUAUUCAAAACAAGAAUUUUAAAGAUAAGAUAAAUGCAAAGAUGCUUUAUAAAUGAUCCUGUUAAUUAAUGACAGAUACCCUGUGUCAUUCCACAACCUUGUCCAAUAAAAGUGACUAGAGAACCAAGUCCUGGUGGUUCUUAAUAAGGCUUUUGCCUGAAGGGAAAAUGAAGAGGGAGGCAGUUAGUUAGUCUAGUAGUAAAUGUUGUGAUAAACCCCCCCCACACACACAACUUACUAAGUUUUCAGGAAACUCUUAAUUUAGGUUUCCAGAAAAGUAAUUUUUCAGUCUUCUAGAAAAAAAGAUUAUCAGAAGCAUUUAGGCCCGGAUAGCUCAGUUGGUAGAGCAUCAGACUUUUUUGUUUUGUUUGUUGGCUUUUGGUCUUUUUAGCAGGCCCGGGCCAUGUUCAAACCCACCAGCCCUGGAGCAUGUGGCUAGUGCCCUAACCACUGAGCUACAGGUGCCCAGCUGGGCAUCAGACUUUUAAUCUGAGGAUCCAGAGUUCACGUCCCUAUCCGGGCAUCUAAUCUUGUCUGUAAUCCCAGCACUCUGGGGGGGCUAAGGCAGAUGGAUCAUUUGAGCUCAUGAUUUCCAGACCUGCCUCAGGGAGAGCAAGACCCUGUCCCUUAAAAAAAAAAAAAAAAAAAACAGCCAGGCAUGGUGGUGGGCACUUGUAGGUUGGGAGGUUGAGGCAAAAGGAUCUCUGGAGCCCAAGAGUUUGAGGUUGCUGUGAGCUGUGAUGCUACAGCACUCUACCAAGGGCAAGAAAGUGAGACUAUUGUCUCAAAAAAAAUUUUUUUUUUUCGAUUUGAGAUUGCAAUUUGUUCUUUUUUUUUUUUUUUAAUUUGUUCUUUUAUAAUCUAGCAUUUGAGUGAAAAUGAGAACAUCACAGUUUGGGAAUUUGUAAUGGUUUUGUUAAAAACAUUACCAGUAGCUUUCAUGAGAGUUGCUGAUCUUUAAGACAUUAAUUUCUAGUAGAUCAAUAUUAUUUAAAGAAUCUGGUGCUAAAAUUAGAAACCUAAAUGAUGUAUAAUUUAUACUGUGAAAUAGCAGAAAAUGUCUUAUUUUCUGUCAUCUUUGACCUUUUAAUGUUUUUGAAACUAAGAAUCAGAGGUGUUUUAAAACUCCUGUGAAUUUUUAGUAAUUUUUUUGUUGCAGUUGUGAAGUAUAUCUUUUCUAAUCUGACUAUUCACAUACAUAUGAUUUGAGCCUAUCCCAGUUGUUACUUUGUUAUUUCCUGAUUGUUUAAAGGUUGUUUUUAGAGAUUUGGAAGUAUUUAUCUGAGAACACUAGACUUACCACCUCAGUAAGACAAAUGGCUGAGUUGUUGGCCAUCACCCUCCAAUGUUAGAAAAUACUGGCCAGGUGCAGUAGCUCAUGCCUGUAAUCCUAGCGCUUUGGGGGGCAGAGGCAAGAGGAUCCCUUGAGCUCAGCUGGUUUGAGACCAGCCUGUGCAAAAAUAGAAAAUACUAUUUUCUACUAAAAAUAAAAAAAUUAGCCAGGUGUCAUGGCGGGCAACUCUAGUCCCAGCUAUUUGGAAGACUGAGGCAGGAGGAUUGAUUGAGCCCAGCAGUUUGAGGUUGCCGUGAGCUAGGCUGAUGCCACAGCACUGUACCCAUAAGAGAGAGACUCUGUCUCAAAAAGAAAGAAAAUACUGCUUGCUGGUAGAAAAUAACGUGAUUAGGCAAUCUUGGUUUUUUCUUUAAAAAUACCAUUUAUAUACUUUCAAAUGUUUUAUUAUAGAGAUUUUCAAAUAUACAUAAAUACAGAGAAAAUAGCAUGAAGAACCACAUCAGCCAGCGUCAGCACUUACCUGCAUUAUGCUGUCUUCCCUAUCUUUAGCUCAUUUUUUAUGUUUGAAAACAUACAAGGCAUGUGCCAUUUCAUUCCCAAAAUAGAUCAGCAUCAUCUCUGAGGAGAAUAUUUUCUAAAGAUUUUGUUAAAUUGCUAUACCAUUGGGAACUUAGAAAGCCAAAAGUUUUGAUGUUUUCCUUAUCUUGCAACUAUAUAAAGUUGGUCUUCUGGAUGUUCUGAAGAAGCGGAAUGUGUCUUCCAUGAAGUAGUGGAUCCAGUGACUUCCCAGCUCAUGGGUAGUUGUACCAAGAUGCUGGUCCCUGGCCUGGGGCAUUGUACUUCGCAGGGAUGCCAGGACUCUCAGCUUACUAUCCACAUCCAGAGGCAUGAAAGGAUUGGUAUCCCUUGCCGUGCUGGCUGCUAAACUCAACCUGCCAGCGUAGUAACAGGAGGCAUAUUUAAUUUAAAUCAUCUCAGCAGUCUUUGUUCUAUUUUGAAGAAUGUCUUUUAUUGUACGGAAAACAUUCUACUUUAAUGUGUACUUGUCCAGACCUUCUGCUACCAAGUAUGAGGUGGGUUGAGCCAGUCUUAAUGUUGCAGUGAUCACAGCUCGCUCCUCAUGCUAGAGGACAGUGUCAUUAAACUGGUGAGAGAAACACCAGUGCAAAUUGGACAAGUUUGCUCUGACAACUCCUUUCUCUAACUUUUUUUUUAGAGACAGGGUCUCACUCUAUUGACACAAUGGAGUGCAGCAGUACAAACAGUAGCUCCGUGUACACUCAACCUCCUAGGCUCAGGUGAUCCUCCCUUUUCAGCCUCCUGAAUAGCUGGGACUAUGGGCACCCAGCACAACACCUUGCUAAAUUUACUAUUUUUAGUAGAGUUGGGGUCUCACUCUUGCUCAGGCUGGUCUCCAACUCCUGAGCUUAGAUUAUUCCACUUCCUCAGCUUCCCAAGUAGCUGGGACGAUGGGUGCAUACCACCACACUCAGCUAAUUUUUUUUUCUUCUGGUAGGGAUGUGGUCUCUCUAUUUGCCCAAGCUUCUCUCAAACUCCUGGCCUCAAGUGAUUUUUCCCCCAAAGGGAGGGGUUAUAGGUCUUGACCCAAGCUGUCUAGCCCUUUUUCUAACUUCUUUAUGCAAAUGUGUAAAUUUCAUUUUAAAGACAGAGGGAAGAAAACACACUUGCUUAGUUUUAAUAUUUUAUAUUAAAAAAUAAUUAUGUUCACUAAAUAUUUAAGGACUACGUAACAACAUAUAAAGAUAAAAUAAUUUCUCUAGUGGGGAGCCUGCAAAUCAUUUUAAAUUGAAUAGGAAAGGCAGGGCGCCGUGGAUCAUGCCUGUAAUUCUAGCACUCUGGGAGCUCUAGGUGUGUGUAUUGCCUGAGCUCAGGAGUUCAGACCAGUCUCUAAAAAUAGAUAAGUGUUGUGUUGGGCACCUGUAGUCCCAGCUACUGAGGCAAGAGAAUCACUUAAGACCAAGAGUUUGAGGUUGCUGUGAGCUAUGAAACUGCACUCUACAGAGAGUGACAAAGUGAGAUUCAAAUCACAAAAUAAAAAUAAAUGGCUCAGCGCCCAUAAUAGCUCAGUUGUUAGGGCACUGGCCACAUACACUGAGGCUGGUGGGUUUGAACCCGGCCAGGGCUGCUAAACAACAAUGACAACUGCAACCAAAAAAAUAGCUGGGCAUUGUGGCAGGCACCUAUAGUUCCAGCUACUUGGGAGCCUGAGGCAAGAGAAUCACUUAAGCCCAAGAGUUUAAAGUUGCUGUGAGCUUCGACACAUGGUACUCUACCAAGGGUGACAUAGUGAGACUGUCUCAAAGAAAAGUUUUAAAAAUAAAAAAAUAAUAAAUUGAAUAGGAAAUUUUAUAAUACGAUUAAUUCAGGGUAAGUCUAUCACAUUAUUCUCUUUUCCAGAAGAUCAUCAUACUGUUUUGUGUGAAGGUACACACCAUUCUUCAUGCUUUUCCUGUGAGUGCCUCAUUGCCCAUGGCCUCUGUGUCCUGGGGGAACUCUUGUGUACUUUACCCAGAUUUCUCAGUCUGUUAAGCUGAAGUCCUGUUGUCCUUUAAGAUGCAGCACAGAACUCGUGUGACUCCGACCUAGCCUGCCUUUUGAUGUGAUCACAUUGGACUGUGCCUUGUCUGUGCUUGGCUGUGACAGGGCUGCUUCCUGUGUGUCCUCUUUCUGCACAUGGGAGAGACUCCAGUGUUUGCAGAAAACACAAGUGAUCACAGAGUCAGCUCUGUCCCCAAGUCUUUCUAGUGUAACUAGGUGUCUUUAGUGCAGCUUACCCACUGCAGAAUACCAAAAUACUACCCUCUUUGCAAAAUCUUCAAAAAGAUACUGCUGAAACUCUUCCUCAUUCCCUUCCUGAGUGUUGGCUCCAGCACAUAAUUACCCAGUUACUCUACUUUACAGUAUGGGGAUGAGAGAUUCUAGUGUUCAAGCUGCUCGCUUUGUUGUUAGGCAGGUAUUUCCUAGGAAUCAUGUCUGUGUGCUCUUUGUAGGCUCUCGGCACCUGCCACUGCUCAGCAAGCAGGUGUGACUGCCAUGUCUCCAUCCAAGGUGUGGGAUCGGUGGAUCCAAGAACAGGGUCUGGGUCUAUAAAAUGCAGUUGAGGCUCUUAAUUGUCCAUAAGCCUCUGGACUAAGGCCCGGGCAUGAGUGUUGUAUUUUAUGACAACCCCUAAAUGCUUAGGCAUGAAAUGUAUCAAAUUUCUCAGUUCUGUUAAUUACAUACUCAGUUGUGGCUGACAAGCCCCCAUGUUGAAGCAGAAACACAGAGCUUUAAUGAGGUCUUGAAGACCUUUUCAAAGGAAUGCAGGAAUCACAGACAUUAGUUUUACUACCCCAAUUUUUGUACAUAUUUUUACCUGACUUUCCAGCUUCAUCCCUACCUGAGCCAUAAGAACUAUACUCUUGUACUUGGAGACAUCUCAUUGUGAGGGUCUUCAGUUUCCAAGUGCUUCUGUUAUUCACCGCACCGCUCAUCUCUUGUAAAAGUGUCGGACAUAAUACCCACCUUUCUCUUCUUCUUUGAAAAACAAAGAUUACGGCGUGCUGCGGAGGAACGGCUGUUCGUCUGCGGUGGCUUCAAGGCCUUCGCUGGUGUGGGGCUGCAGUGUUGUGCUUUUUCCUGCUUAGCUGCUGUUUGGUGAAGAGGAAGCCAUGGCGCUCCGAGUCACCAGGAACAUGAAAAUUAAUGCUGAAAAUAAGGCGAAGAUCAGUAUGGCGGGUGCAAAGCGUGUACCUAUGGCCCCUGUUGCAGCCUCCAAGCCAGGGCUGAGGCCAAGGACAGCACUUGGAGACAUUGGUAGCAAAGUCACUGAACAGCUGCCUGCCAAAAUGCCUCUGAAAAAGGAAGCAAAAACUUUAGCUACUGGAAAAGUUAUUGCUAAAAAACUAUCAAAACCUCUGGAAAAGGUUCCUGAGACUGUGCCUGAGCCAGAGCAAGAGCCAGAACCUGAGCCUGUUAAAGAGGAAAAACUUUCACCUGAGCCGGUUCUGGUUGAUACUCCCUCUGCAAGCCCAAUGGAAACAUGUGGAUGUGCCCCUGCAGAAGAAUAUCUGUGUCAGGCUUUCUCUGAUGUAAUUCUUGCAGUGAAUGAUGUGGAUGCAGAAGAUGGAGCUGAUCCAAACCUAUGUAGUGAAUAUGUGAAAGAUAUUUAUGCUUAUCUGAGACAACUUGAGGAAGAGCAAGCAGUCAGACCAAAACAUCUAGUGGGUCAGGAAAUCACUGGAAACAUGAGAGCCAUCCUGAUUGACUGGCUAGUACAAGUUCAAAUGAAAUUCAGGUUGCUGCAGGAGACUAUGUACAUGACUGUUUCCAUUAUUGAUCGGUUCAUGCAGAAUAAUUGUGUACCCAAGAAGAUGCUACAGCUGGUUGGUGUCACUGCCAUGUUUAUUGCAAGCAAAUAUGAAGAAAUGUACCCUCCAGAAAUUGGUGACUUUGCUUUUGUGACUGACAAUACUUACACUAAGCACCAAAUCAGACAGAUGGAAAUGAAGAUUUUAAGAGCUUUAAACUUCAGUCUGGGUCGGCCUCUAUCCCUGCACUUCCUCCGGAGAGCAUCUAAGAUUGGAGAGGUUGAUGUUGAGCAACAUACUUUGGCCAAAUACCUGAUGGAACUGACUAUGUUGGACUACGAGAUGGUGCACUUUGCUCCUUCUCAAAUUGCAGCAGGAGCUUUUUGCUUAGCAUUGAAGAUUUUGGAUAAUGGUGAAUGGACACCAACUCUACAGCAUUACUUAUCAUACACUGAAGAAUCCCUUCUUCCUGUUAUGCAGCACCUGGCUAAGAAUAUUGUCAUGGUAAAUCAUACAAAGCACAUGGCUAUCAAGAACAAGUAUGCCAUAUCUAAGCAUGCUAAGAUCAGCACUGUAGCACAGCUAAAUUCUGCAUUAGUUCAAGAUUUAGCCAAGGCUGUGGCAAAGGUGUAACUUGUAAACUUGAUACUAUAUCUGCGAAUAAAAUUGGCACCAUGUGCCAUCUGUACAUAAAAAAAAAACAAA